AUGUUUCGACGCAGCGGGGAUGGACUCUACGUGAGUAGUGUGAUUGGGAUUGCAGGCAGGGACGCAGUUCUUCUUCUCUUGGCGUAUGGACGAGCCUUCUAUGCGGUCAUCGGAACCACAUUCCGGAAGCCCACGGCGCAGUUUGCUCUGCAGAGGCGCGCUGCUAUGGAUUGGGGCACUCAUGGGAGGCGCGGUGCUGUGCUGCGGCUGCCGGGGCCUCGACGCCUUUGUGUGUCACACGGUGGGCAUUGUGCGGCACACGUUGCGGCGGGAUCACGGCAUCUCGGGAGUGUGCCCGGUUUGUAUUUUGUUUGUCGCGUGGUGUUGGGCGUGGAGCUCACGUCGCGGCGUGGUGCGUUACUGCAGUGUGGUUGUGGCGAAAGUGCAAGAGGGCGGGGCAGACAGGACGCGCGGCAGGCGUACCUGCAGCUGCAGCUUGUGCCCGACAGAAGCGGGGAGCUGACAGACGGCACUGGCCGCAUGACGGCUGCGCCGCGGCAGUGCGACACAAACGUGCCGAUCGCUGAAGGGGCUGGCAAAGGCAGCGGCAGCGCGUGCCUCGUGCCAUGUACACCGAGUUGGAAGAUUUUGAUUGAUUUUGUUGUUUUAUGUUUGUUGUAA